AUGGCAGAAUUUGGUGCUAUGUACUUCGAUGUCGAUCAAAUUCUCACAGAAGAAGAAGAGACAGAAUUGUACUAUGAUUAUGCAGAGCGUAUGCAAGAUCUAGGUAUGUAUUACUACGACUCUGAAGAUGAAAUUAUGCAAGGCACAGAAGGAGAAGACCAAGGGCAGCACAUAACAGAGGACACAGAAGAUGGGGCUGGGGGCCAGGAAAUGGAACAACCCAUUCACCAUGGGACUCAACACAUUCAAAGAAAAAACCUAACAAUGAAACAAAGAAGGGAAGUAGUGGACUCAAUGUUGACAGAAAGGAGUUAUGCAGCAGGCUUAAAAAUCUCCCAGUCUACCCUCCACAAUUUGAAGAAAAAGGGAAGGUUAAGAACACACACAAGUACCAACAAGCCAGCACUGACCUUAGACCAUAAGAUUGCAAGGCUGAAAUGGAUUUUAUCACACAUAAAUCCAGUGGCAAGUAAUGAGGACCCAACAUUUGUUGAUAUGAACCAUGUCAUACACAUUGAUGAAAAAUGGUUCUAUCUAAACCCAGACAAGAGGAGGUUUUACCUCCUACCUAGUGAGGAAAAUCCUUAUAGGCCUAUACAGUCCAAAAGAUUCAAGCUCAAAGCAAUGUUUAUGGGCUUAAUUGGGAAGCCUUUGUAUGACACACAUGGGGGACUACUCCAUGAUGGGAAAUAUGAAAUGUUCCCAUUCACAAUGAAACAACUAGCCAAGAAAUCAAGUAAAAAUAGAGUAGCAGGAACAUGGGAAACAAAGGCAAUACAGAAUGUGAACAGAGAGGUUAUCAGGGACAUGUUGGUAACCAAUGUUAUUCCAACAAUUAUUUCAAAGUGGCCUCACAGUCAACCAAAAAACAUUGUAAUCCAAUGGGACAAUGCAAGGCCUCACCAAGUUCCUAAUGAUGCAGAGUUUAUGGCAGCAACAACAGCUAAUGGAUUUAACAUCCAAUUUGUUUCCAACCAGCACAAUCACCAGAUUUGA